GCUCCCCGUUGCCGGGCUCCGGAGUUGUGGCUCGGCCCGUGUCCGAGCUGCUCCGCGGGGCCAUGGCCGGGUCCCUGGUGCUGAAGCGCCGGCGCACCGCGCUGGAGCGGGCCGAGAAGUUGCUCUCCGAGCACUGCUUCCCUGACUGCAACCUCCGGGGCAGGCUGUUCGGGGACACCUGCCCCCUGGUGUCUCUCUCCUGCUUCCAGACCCCUCAGCGAAUCCCACAUGAUGAAGCUGUCAGACAAGAAUUCAGACCUACGAAAGUUGGGGACUCCUUUGGACCCACGUGGUGGACCUGCUGGUUUAAAGUGGAGCUUAGCAUCCCCGGAGAAUGGGCGGGGAAGGAAGUGCAUCUCCUGUGGGAAAGCGAUGGGGAAGGGAUGGUGUGGAGGGAUGCGCAGCCGGUUCAGGGUUUGACUAAAGAAGGGGAGAAGACCAGCUAUAUCCUGACAGAUGGCCUCAAGGAGACGGAGCCUCACAGUCUGACUGUCUACGUGGAAGUUGCCUGCAAUGGUCUCUUUGGGGCUGGAAAAGGCAGCCUGAUUGCACCUCCUGACCCUGACAAGAAGUUCACCCUGAACAAGGCAGAGCUUGUGGUCUUUAACAGGGAUGUCCAUGAGCUGCUGGUAGAUUUUGAGAUACUAGUAGACAUGGCCAAGCUCCUUGGGGAGGAAAACCAGCGGAGCUUCCAGGCACUGUACGUGGCCAAUCAGAUGGUUAACCUGCUUGAUGUCACGGACUCCUGUACCUUCCCUGCAGUGCGUCACCUCGCCUCUUCCAUCUUCAGCCAGAAGAAUGGCGAGAGCCAGCACACCAUCCAUGCUAUGGGCCACUGCCACAUCGAUUCUGCCUGGCUGUGGCCAUACGAGGAGUCUAUCCGCAAGUGUGCUCGCAGCUGGGUGACCGUCAUAUGCCUGAUGGAGAAGAACCCGGAGUUCACGUUUGUCUGCUCGCAGGCCCAGCAGUUUGAGUGGGUGAGGAACUGGUAUCCUGGGUUGUACGCUCAGAUUCAGGACUAUGCCAAAGAGGGACGAUUCAUACCUGUUGGUGGCACCUGGGUAGAAAUGGAUGGGAAUCUUCCCAGUGGUGAAUCAAUGGUGCGUCAGUUCCUGCAGGGACAGCGGUUUUUCCAGCAGCAGUUUGGGAAGCUUUGCUCGGAGUUCUGGUUGCCAGACACCUUUGGAUACUCGGCCCAGCUGCCCCAGUUGAUGCGUGGCUGUGGGAUACGAUGGUUCCUCACUCAGAAACUCAGCUGGAGCCUGGUGAACACCUUCCCGCAUAGCACCUUUUUCUGGGAAGGCAUCGAUGGCUCCCAAGUUCUGACCCAUUUCCCGCCUGGCAAUUCGUAUGCCCUAAAAGGUCGAGUGGAGGAGAUGCUGAAAACCAUGAACAACAACAGAGACAAAGGCCGUGUGAACCACAGCGCCGCUCUCUUUGGGUUUGGAGAUGGAGGAGGUGGCCCGACCCAGAAGAUGCUGGACAGGAUGAAGAGAAUGAGUGAUACAGAUGGGCUACCCAGGGUUCAGAUGUCCACACCUGACCGGUUUUUCUCUAUGCUGGAGAAGGAGAAGACCCAGCUGUUCACCUGGAUAGGAGAACUGUUCCUGGAGCUACACAACGGCACUUAUACCACCCAGACCCAGAUAAAGAAAGGGAAUCGGGAGUGCGAGCGGAUACUCCAUGAUGCUGAAGUACUGAGUAGUUUUGCUCUGACCCAGAAAAAUACUUUCCAGUAUCCUUCCAUCAAACUGCAGCAUCUCUGGAGGCUGCUGCUCCUGAAUCAGUUCCACGACGUGUUGCCGGGCAGUUGUAUCCAGCUAGUUGUGGAGGAUGCCAUGAGAUACUACGCAGAAAUCCGUAGCAUGGGUGGUCUCCUCAUUAAAGAUGCUAUUUGGUCCUUGUUUGGAGAACUUUUGCCGACUGGUCCCGAGACAGCAGAAAGCCUCCUUGUUCUGAACACUUUGCCCUGGGAACGGACUGAAGUCGUCUCCAGGACUGGAGCAAAGACCUUAGCCCUGGUGAAGGUGCCUAGCAUGGGCUGCUCUGCCGUGGAGGAUUCAUUAACACCCCCUCAUCCCGUGACGGUGACGAAACAGGCAGAUGGCUCUGUGACCCUGGAGAAUGGGGUUAUCGCGGCUCACCUGGACUCCAUGGGGCGCGUGAUGUCGCUUCGCUUAGUGCACUCGGGGAGAGAGUCAGUCCAGGAUGGUCACUGCGCUAACCAGUUUGUGAUAUUUGAUGAUGUUCCCUUGUACUGGGAUGCUUGGGACGUGAUGGAUUAUCACCUGGAAACCAGGAAGCCAAUCACAACCCUUCUGAAGCCUCUGGAGAUUGUCUUGGCUGGGGGCCUGCGAGGAAGUGUGAAAUUCUCUCUGCAGAUCAGUGAGCGGAGUGUCAUCACCCAAGAAGUCAUCCUGGAUGCCAUGUGUCCUUAUCUUCGAUUCCUGACCCAGGUUAACUGGAAUGAGGCUCACCGAUUCCUGAAGGUGGAGUUCCCAUUGCAGGUUCGGAGCAUGAAUGCAACGUAUGAGAUUCAGUUUGGGCACCUGCAGAGGCCGACGCACUGGAACACGUCUUGGGACUGGGCUCGGUUCGAGGUGUGGAGUCACAAGUGGAUGGACCUGUCUGAGCACGGCUUCGGGGUGGCAUUGCUGAACGACUGCAAAUACGGCGCGUCGGUGCACAAGAACGUGAUGAGCCUCUCGCUGCUGAGAGCGCCAAAGUCACCAGAUGCCACUGCAGAUAUUGGACCCCAUGAGUUCACCUAUGCCGUGAUGCCUCACAGGGGUUCCUUCCAGGAGGCGGGUGUGAUCCAUUAUGCUUACAACUUGAACUUCCCUCUGCACACCGUGCCAGCUGUGUCAGCGCAGUGUCCAGCCUGGAGUGCCUUCUCUGUGCAUUCACCAGCUGUUGUGCUAGAAACCGUCAAACAGGCUGAGGACAGGCUGGACGGGCUGGUGGUCAGGCUGUAUGAGUCACAUGGCAGCACUGUGGUCACGUGGCUCCAGACCUCCCUUCCUGUGAAGGAAGCAAUCAGCUGUGACCUCCUGGAACGGCCAGACCCGAGCAGCAAUCUGGCUGGAGGAGCAUGGCCUGAAGCUUUCCUUUACGCCAUUCCAAGUGCGCUCAGUCCUCUUGAUCUUGAGGCAGUAAGAGGGCUACUGCUACUGGCAGCCCAGUCCCUGUCCCGGAACCAGACAGAAAUCACCAUGCUCUGGGCGAUUCACUAGCUUCUCAAAUCAUGGGACACAUCGAUUCCAGCACUGUGGCUACCCAGUGGGAUAGUAAGGAGUUGCCCCUUCUCAGUGUGCGCCAAGGGUCGGUGUCAGGACAGAGAUCAGAAGCAUCUGGGCUCAAGUCAGCGCUGAUUCUGAGUGUAAAUGCCUGACGGUGGGCCAUGGCCUUAGUAAUGCCGGGGGGUGGGGAGAUCUCGAUUGGGGGCGGGGAUCACAGAGCUGGUGGUGUACUGGCUUAACCCACAAGUGGACAUCCUGAAUAGAAUCCUGUCCCUUUCAGGGGAGUGGUGCUGGGGUUUGAGCCUUGAUAAUGGCAGAAUUGGUUCCUUUUACUGCGUGUCCUACAACUCUAACAGUCCUGUGCUUCCCUGUUUGCAGGCACUUUACUGUUUCUGCAGACACGCAGCGUCUUUUUGCCUGGUCUUUCUGUAAAAACUGAGCAUUAAACACUGAAUCACGUGCUGAGUAAAGUUCUGACUGUUUGACUCUUGCCUGUGGCAUCAGAAAUGGGGCCGCUGCCCUUCACUGAGACCAGCGCCAGGCAGAUAAUAAAAUCCCUAGUGUAGGAGCCACAAAGCUCCCUAGGCUCCUAAGUCCUGUUUUUAGGCUCAGCUGUGACCCUCAAAGCUCUUGUUCAGCUGCCAUCUAACCCUGCAGGCACCUCAGGUUCUGCAGUAGGUGCUGGGUUCUGCCUCUCUACAUGCAUGCCGUUGCCUCACUUGAGGUGUCUAGGCACCUGUCUCCCACCUACACCCCAGAGUGAGUGAGCCAAAGCCUGGUGUUCCCCUGAGUCGUGGGUGGGGCCAGUGAGCAUGCUCAGAGACUGCGUAGCUCCACAGGACAGCCAGGGUGGGGGGAGGCCUUCCCUUGUCAGCUGUAGCCCUGUGGUUACAGUGCUGGGAGGAGACCACUGGUUCAAGUCUCCCCUCUGCCAGAUAAGGAGAAGGGAUUUGAGCAGGGAUCUGCUACCUCUCAGGUCAGGGCCCUGAGAAUGGGAUAUGCUCAUGUAGUCUCUCUCAAUCUCUCUUAUUGAAGUUGUUUCACUUUAAUUAAAUAAUUGAAUAAUUAACAAGGGCAGAGAAAGUUAGAAUGAUUCUGCUUGGGGCACUCACCUGAGAGGUGCAGAGGCCUGUUCAAAUCCCUACUCAUCUGGCAGAGGAGGGACUUGAACCCCCUUUGUCCCUGCUCUUUUGUGGAGUUAGGCAGCUUCUGAGUACACUCACUGGAUUGGGCCCUGCUUGUGACUUAGACAGCCAAACCCCUGUCUGCUCCUGGUUUGUGGAUUGCUACCAACGAUAGGUGCUUUCUACCAGCCCAGACUUGGGGGCUGAACUUAGAGAGGGGCCUGGUGGAACUUAGCACAUCCCUCUUGCUGGCCUCUUCCAUUGACUCCCCACCUACCUCGCUGGCUUUGUGAAAUGUUGUCAAAGGCGCCUGUCUCAUCCCAUUCACUGUGAAGGCCCCUACCGCAGGGUUGUUCCUGUGAUUUUCUAGGUGUCUAAACAUUAAACAUUGUGAUGCCUCAGACCCUUUUGUGGAUUCAGGCCCUAGCGCUUUCAGUAUCAUCAUCCCCACUUGACAGCUGGGAAACUGAGGCACAGAGCGGUGAUGUGGCUUGCCCAAGUAGUCUACUAGCUUGGCCCUUGGGUGAGCGCUAAGGGGUAACCCAUCAGCUAGAAAAAAGUUAUUUCUACCACAUUAGGCACCUAUCUAGUGUUCAUCACCAGGGUGAUGGAACUACAUACUCAAAAUAACACUGGUUUGGAAUGCUUGGGAAAUAUUUAGCCCCCAAUGAUAUAUUUUAUACAUAUGCCUGUGUUGUUUUGCCUUUGGUUAAAACAAAAGUCUGUAGUCACACAACAUUAUGAAUUUGUUUGUACCAUGUAUUACAUCAAAAUAUGCAUCAUUAUUUGUAGAAUGUACUCAUCUCAGAAAAGGUUUUCUGUCUGCUAUUUUUCUGAAGUUAUGCAGAUAAGACCCCCCCCUACUCCUUAAUUAUAAAACAUAUUUUGAGGUUAUCUGCUGUGCUGGAGACAUACGUGGGGAAGGACCAUGGAAUGGAAUCUGUAAGGCUAGGGCAGAGACUGUAGCCUUCAAAUGUAGAAUAUUGCAAACUAUAACCAUGGCUGUUAUAGUUAAGACAACAUGCUACAAAAUUGGCAGGGCAAAUAACAAAAACAAAGAAAGAGUUAAAAGAAAGCAGGAGAAGCCACAGAGCUCUGGAAUGCUCCUGUUCUCCUAACAGGGUGGCAAGCAGUCCAGAGACAGCAAGCAGUCCAGAGACAGCAAGCAUGGGAACAGAAUAAAACUUUGUGGAAACAGCUGUAAAAAACCUACCAAAAAAAAAAAAAUGUGCUGUCCUGUUAUAAAUAUUUGUGGUCAUCAGCAAGCGUGAGCUACCCUGUGCCUGAAGAAUGGGAACAGAAAUAGAAAAAGGUGGCCCUAGCAAAAUUAAGAGAUGCAUUAACAGAUGGCGUUGCCCAAAAACAGUUAACUGGAGCAUGUAAGAGCACUCCCGCACUCCAUUUGGCAUGUGGACAAAAGCAACAAACACUGGGGGAAACAAAUAGAGGUUUUGCAAGAACAGGUAACAAUCCUCACUUCCCUUUCAAAGCCAGGAUAAAAACCAGGGAUGCGGGUUCCCAAGUGUUUUAACCCCUGGAGCUACACUCCUUGCUCAUGGCUAAAAACGCAACCUUCUUUCUCAAAUAUUUUUACAUACAGUUAAGUUUUCCUUUAUCUCCUUUCUCAGUUUGCUAAACUUGCUGCUGCUGCCUGUACUUAAGAUAACUUUAUAGAGUUAAUGUUCAGGUCUCACUACCUUCCUAGGUUGCUCUUCAUCCCCUCCCCCCCUUAAAAGUUAUAGUUUUUACAGAAACCUCCAAAAGCUUAAAAAUAGAACAAAGCAACAAUCAAACAAAUUAAAAAACAAGGUAAACAUUUUACUUUAAAAAACUCCAGUAAAUAAAUAAAUUUAACUCUUCAGGAAUGCAAUAGAUGGAAUUACUCCUAACUUGCUUGAAGAUAAGGUUGCCAAGCAAUAGAAAUGCACACUCUGCUUCUAAUCCUAACCACUAACUAAUAUUUGAAACAUGGGCUUUCCUUAUUAUCACAGUUUUAAAAUAAAAUUAAUAUAAAAUAAUGGAAAAUGCCUUGUUACUAAAUUAAUACAAUAAUUAUUGCAAAUAUUAAUAUGAAUUCAUUUUAUUAAAAAUGAAGGUAAUAACUUGCUUAUUUAAAUGGUUAACCAUUUUGUUUAUCUUUUAAAAUAUUUUUUAUUUUUGUCUUAUUUCAUAUAGGUAUAAAUAAGAAGUCUGGCGCCAUUUGUUUUUAAUUGUAAGUUUGUCAUGUAUGCUGUCCUGUUUGUAUGUUGUGUGUGUAACAUCACUUUUUUUUUUUAAUUAUUUUUAUUUUGUUGCAACAAAAGUCAAUUUUAUACCUUUUUUUAAAAAUAUAAGUGGUACCACACUAUUUUACUAUUAUGUUUGGGGUAUAAGCAUCAUAAUAUUAUUACCACCAUUUUUUUAAAGUUCAAAAAGGUCUCAGUUAUAAAUAUAUGCAUUAUUUGUUGAGGCAGAAAUAGAUGUACAAUUAAAAACCAAAAGAAUUCUUUUAUUAAUUUUUUUUAUUAUUUUUAUUUUUUAUUCAAAGAAAAAAUGUAAGGGGAAAUCUCAACAUUAAGGUAAAGGUAAUAUUAAAGUGUCAAUUUCUUGUUUGGGUUUUUA